AUGAAAGCCAGAAUAUUUCUCAGCAGCCUUCCUGCUUUGCUCUGUUUGGGCGUGUGUUUGGCCUCAGAGCUGUCCUUCCUGCGGGAGCCUCGAGAUGUGAUUGCAGUGAGGGACCGCCCGCUCAUGCUGGACUGCACGGUGCAGGGCGAGGAACCCGUCCAGAUCACGUGGCGUAAAAACGGGGUGCCUAUAACCCCCAGUCCACGGGUUCAGGUGCUGGCCAACGGCACCCUGUUGAUCCAAAGCUUCCAGAAACGCAAAGAGGGCAGCGACGCUGAUAUGGGAGAGUACGACUGCGCCGCACAAAAUCGCUACGGCUUGCUGGUCAGCCGCAAGGCCAAAGUCCUGCUAGCAUCUCUUCCCAAGUUUCACACCCACCCAAUGUCCAUGACGGUGGAUGAGGGAGGGGUCGCACGAUUCCAGUGUCAGAUCAAUGGGAUACCUGAAGCUAACAUCACCUGGGAGAGAGACAGAGUUCCACUGAGCACCAAUGAUAACAGGUACACGCUCCUGCCCAUGGGCAUCCUUCAGGUGACGGGUGCGAGGCAGGAGGAUGCUGGCGUCUUUCGCUGUGUCGCCAGCAACAUUGCAAACACACGUUACAGUCACGAGGCCUUGCUAAACAUCAGCGGUGGAGCUCCCAGAACUUACAAGGAACCUGUCAUCCUGUCCGGACCCCAGAAUCUAACAUUAACCGUGCAUCAGACGGCCAUCUUGGAGUGCAUCGCCACAGGAAACCCAAGGCCGAUUGUUUCCUGGAGCAGACUAGACGGCCGCUCCAUCGGAGUGGAAGGCAUCCAGGUUCUUGGAACGGGGAACCUGAUGAUCUCAGAUGUUUCUCUGCAGCACUCUGGUGUGUACGUGUGCGCUGCCAACCGACCUGGAACCAGGAUGAGGCGUACGGCGCUCGGAAGGCUGGUGGUGCAAGCCCCUCCGGAGUUCCUGCAGUGGCCGCAGUCUGUCUCCAAACCAGCAGGGGGCAGCGCCGUGUUCACUUGCGUGGCCCAGGGUGUCCCCGAGCCUCAUCUUAUAUGGCUGAAGAACGGCAAGGUUUUAAUGCCCGGACAUAACAUCAAAUUGACCAACAACAACAGUACUUUGGCUCUGACUCGUAUCAGCACCGAAGACGAGGCCAUCUACCAGUGCAUCGCCGAGAACAGCGCGGGUACCAACCAAGCCAGCGCCCGUCUGGCUGUGGCGCAGGCCAAGGACCUGCCCGCUGCUCCCCAGGGACUCACGGCCAGCGUCCUGUCCACCAGUGCUCUCCAGAUCUCGUGGAGCCAACCCCCUGCAGAAGUCACAGACGGUAUUAUCGGCUACGUGCUGCACAUCCGCAAGAUAGGAGAGCCAGACACUUUGGAGCUGCAGGAAGCCAUCAGCAAAGGGGCCUUCCAGCAUGAUGUCAACAACCUGGAGCCAGCCACCACCUACUCCCUUUACCUGAAGGCCUAUUCACCCCUGGGAGCCAGUCAGCAGUCCCACACUUUGGUGGCCACAACACUAGGGGGCGUUCCCACCCCUCCCACCUUUUUCACCAAGGUGGUGAACUCCAGCGCCGUCCAGGUGCUUUGGGAGCUCCCCAGCAAGCCGGGAAAGGCAGAAGGCUUCAGGCUGUCCUACCGCAGGGUCCCCAAUGCUGACUUCCUGGGGCCCAUCCAGCUGCCCUGUCACGUCAAUGCCCACACCAUCGCUAACCUGGAAGAGGGCGCGGUGUAUGAAGUCAAGCUGGUGGCCUACAACGGCAACGGAGAGAGCGACUGCUCCAAGAGGCUGGUGUCCCUGGCAGAUGAAGGCACCAGGGCCCAAAAUACCGGCGAGAAGACGCCGUGUCAGUGCAGGGAAGGAGAAGCCUCUCUGGGCAGCAUCGUCAUCGGCAUCCAUAUUGGUACCGCCUGCAUCAUCUUCUGCGUCAUCUUCCUCAUGUUCGGAUAUCGCCGCAGUUUGUUUUGCAGUAAAGGGACUCAGGACAGCUGGUCUGUACCCAGGGACAACGCAGGACAUGGAGGCGUCCACAAGGAGGCAGCAGCGCCUUCGCAGGCGGCGGUCUGUGCGGCCCAGUGCCAGAUUGUCAUUGAGGAACACGCGUCAAGUCUUCCUGGCACGGGCACCGGCUAGCACUGGUCAAUAAACUCCCGCUUAUCCCCCACCCCUCCCUCCCAACACCCUUCAGCUUUACUUUGGUUCUUUACGGGACCUGGACCAGGACCCGUGUACCAUCCCCGCUCCCUAAAACCAAAGCAUAUUUGCCUUUAUUAUGAAAAAGCCUUUAAAAAAGCGUCGUCACCGCAGGCCCGUCAGGCUCUCCACGCGUGUGUGUACGCCACAAAUACGGGCGUGUCAGCACUCUGGCGGGGGGUCUGUCCUAUAACCAAAAUGUUCCAUAUUCUCGGGAUCCCGCCCCCGCCGUGCUCGACACGCCCCUUUGAAGCCAAAUAUUUCACGCCUGACCAAGUCGCCUGCGGUGACGCCGCGCCUCACCUUGCCUUCGCUUCCUGCGCAACCAUAAGGGAAUGAACACAGUGGCCUUCGUGAAAGCGUCCUGGUGGACCAGCCGUACGCGCCGCCGUCGUCUCCGAGCUGCACACCCCCAAAGAAACCUACCUCGCGGUCUGAGUCAGACCCAACCCUUUCACUUUCACUUCAAGCCUUCUUUGACCACUGCUGCCGUGCCCGUGCCGUGUCCGCCCACUCGGGGGGGGUCAGAAAACGCCUCACCUUACCCAUCCAGAAUUCAUCCACAUGAUGCCUUCUACACCCCUUUUACCCCCAAACUUGGGUUGCCAGAUGACUCCUAAGCAUCACACCGUCCACACUCCAGACGCCCCCAUGGCGGCAGCCUGGCAUCUCAUCAAGUUUUCAAAGGUGAGAAGCUUUGAAGGUAUGGAUGAGACUUUUAAUACCUGGCCGUGUCAGCCACCCCCCCCCCCCCAAAAAAAAACAAGAAAACCAAGCUAAAUGACACCCAAAGAUGUUACAUGUUUAUGGUUUUCUUUCUUUUCGUCUUGCUUUUUUUGGCCUAAAAAGGGGGUCACAUAAAUUGCUUUAAGUCAAGUCAAACCAAAAACACCAAAAGAUGACCUCGGCAUUUCUUUCAUAUCCAUUUGGAUUUCCUUAGCGGUGCACCCCUGAGACUUUGGAUACAAAAUUUAAAAAAGGGACCAAAUAAAUGUCAGGCAGGGGUGUCCAAACUGCGGCCAUUUUCAGUCCACAGCUCGUUUUUAAAAAUUUUUUAUAUGUUUUUUAAUGAAGUAAUUAUUAAUGACGCCAAUUUUCUUUGUCACCUUUAACACAAAGCUUUGAAAAUUUAACACGGGGUUGUCCAAAGUGUGGCCCAGGGGGCCAUUUUCAGUCCACAGCUUGUUUUUUUUAUUGUAUAUGUUUUUUUUGUUUGUUUUUUUUAAUGAAAUAAUUAUUAAUGAAAACAAUUUUCUUUGUCACCUUUAACACAAAGCUAAGAUGUUUUGGUCGGAUAAUUUAAUACGGCCAAAGUGGUACAUGGGGGCCAUUUACAGCCCAUUGCUGCUUUUUUAUUGGCCCAUGCUACAACAAAAAUUUUAAAAAGCAGCAAAAAUGGAAAAAAUAGGCAGUAAUUUUACAAGGACAAAGUUAAAAUAUUCUAUAAAAUAUUAAGAGAAAAGUCACAAUUUUACAAGAAUAAAAAUAAUGGAAUUAGAGUAUCACAGAAUUGAAAUAUUCAAGAAAUAAGAUAUUUUUUGAAGUCAUAAUAUGACAAAACAUCGUUGUAAUCGUUGUAAUUUUUGGAAACUUGGGUUGCAGAAAAAGUUGUAAUAUUACGAGAAUAAAGCCAAAAUAUGGAAAUAAAAUUAGAGUUAUGAGAAAAAAAUUUGAAAAAAAAUCAGGUAUUUGAAAAAACAUUUCAGCCAAUAAGAGAAAAAAAAGUAAUUUUACAGAAAUAAAACUGUAAUAUCAGGAGGGGAAAAAAUUAUUUUUAGUAGCAUCAAGUUGAAAUAUGAAAGAAAAACACAAUUUUGUUAUAAUAUUAUGAAAAACAAAUAAAACAAUGAAUUAAGUUGUAAUUUUUGGAAGAGUAGGUUGUGCAAAAACUUAUAAUGUUACAAGAAUAAAGUCUAAAUAUAAUAGGAAUAAAAAUGCAAACAGAAAAUUUACAAGAAUUUAAAAGAAAGUUGGAAGUAUUUGGAAAAUACAAAAAUUUAACAGAAAAAGUCACAAAAUAAUAAAUAUUACAACGAAAAAUAUUACACAUUUUUGUAUGAGAGUUGAAAUUUUAAAGACAAAAUUUGUUGAUUUUAAUAUGAAAAUGUCAUCCUUUCAUGUUCCCCCACGUAGCCCUGGUAGCCCCCGUUUUGGACACCCCUGCUUUAGCGUAUGUUGACCUACCUUGGAUUUAUUUCAGCAUCUUUAAUACAAGAAAUAUAUAAAAGAGUUUGGACACCCCCGCUUUAAGAAAUACUUCCUCCUUUUCAAAGUAGUGGACAUUUCUUGCCAAAUAUUUAGACAUGAAAUAUGUAACCAAAUAGUCGUCCAUGUUUAACACGUCCUCGCUGACCAAAGCACAGAACCGUGCACGAGUCCGUGCGCUAUUUACAGCAGGAGAAACUUGAGGGCGGCAAAGAGAGGAACCGUGUCAUCCGGUAUGUUGUCAAACUUUACUGAGGAUAAAGCAUAUUAGCAUAUUUGAGGCAGCUUUGUAGUUUAUUGUAUAUUUGAUUUUGUUUAUUCUUCAUCCAGAACCGUAUUUUCCGGACUAUAAGUUGCUCCAGAGUAUAGUCACAUAAUAUUAUAGUAUUAUCUUUGAUUUUCUCAGAUGGGACUGGUGACUAUAGGGGUGUUAUUUCAUGUCUGGAGGGCUCUGAUAAUGUUAUAAACCUGUAUUUAGAAGAUCUUAAACAGGUUUUCUGUGCUCUAAUUACUGACAUAUUCCAUUCAUUGCAGAAAUUCACUUAUGUAUUAUGAUAUGUAUUAUCAUUCAUACAGUUAUUGAUUAGUUCCAAAAGGGCCAAAAAAACCCAAAAUAUAAGGAAACCAAGGCAAUGUUUCUGUGACAUUUAAAAAUUUUAUGAGAAUAACACAAAAUGUGAUGGAAAAAAAAACAUUAUUUUGGUAGCAUAAAGUUGAAAUAAUAAAGAUUUUUUUUUUUAAGUGACAUUAUUAUGAGAAUAAAAAAAUAAAGCUAGUCCCAGCUAGUCAAAAAUUAAAAUAAAAUUACUUUUUUUUUUUUUACUCCGUAUACCUGAAUGGGUUCCCUGGUCAGAAUCUGUCUAUAGUGUCUCAGCUCUAAAAAAAAAACCGCGCUGUGCAUUCUUUACAGAGACUAAGUCUAAGGCACACUAUUUGGCCGUACGAAAACUAAUAAAGGUAGUACCAGCUAGUCAAAAUAAAGUUUACAUUUUUUGGGGGAAAAUCAUGUGACAAAAAAAAAUAAAAAGUAUUAUGUGAAAAAAGUAUUUUUUAUUAUUCAUUAAAAAAAUAAACAAAUUCACUUUUCACGAUCAGGUCUAGAACCAAAUCACUCCAAUGCUUGUGACCAAUCACAGCGGAGUGGGCAUGCCUGGAGGCGUUUUAGCAGGAAGCACAAAUACAGCCGGAAUAGGUGCAGAUUCUGGAAAAUCUAAAAAAAAUAAAAUAAAAUUCUGUGCGGGUUAUUGUGUGUAGCUGCUCUAUAGGAGACCACAACUCAAUACAAAUAAAAAAUGAGCAUAAUAGGUCCAAUUUAAUGUAAAGCAUGAACCAUUUAUUUGCUCCCAGCUUCUAUAAACCAGCAAAUUCACCAAGCUCCCGAUCUCAUUGAAUCAUAACAGCCAAUAUUAACAGACUUAGCAUUUAAAAACAUGUCUAAUUAGAUAUAUUUUUCAUAUUUAAGACAUAGGAUCAGCCAAACUAUAAAAAAGUAUGACUUAUAGUCCGGAAAAUACGGUAUUUCUUUUCAUUUUUAAACAGCGUUGCAUUUCAAAAAAAGCCAUUUUAUAAAGAAUAAUUCUAUUUUCAUGUGAAACAAAAGAAGAAUAAUAUGAUUGACACCUACCUCUUCAAGCUGCCGUUUUUGCCCUCCAAGUCCAUCCUUUAUGAGCAGAGCAGUUUAUAUUCUAACCUUUAUUGCCUUGUUCACCCGUACUUUGAUUUUUUUUUAACCAUUUCAAACGCCAUACCAAAAAAAAAAAAUGUCUUUUUCUAGUGUGAAGUGUGUCUUUUUUUUUUUAAAUUUGAAUUUCAAAAAAAUAGAACGCUUUCGCUGCUUCUGUUUGGACAGAAAAGUUGCCAAAAGAAAUGUUGACAUAUUUUGGAAUGUUUCUCUUUAUUAGCUUAGCUUUGAUUGAUGAUUGAUGGAUUUUGUAUUUUUGUUUUCAAAUGCAGAGAUUGUAAAUGUAAGGCUGGGAUAUUUUUAUGUAGAAUUGUUAGGAAGUAGCGGGUAAUCCUUUUCUACGAGCGAUUCUUUGUACUCGAUAAGCUUUAACUUGUGUCGCCACGCCAUGAAAAGGGUCUGCAGGUGAAAGCAGCAGCAGCAGAGCAGAGACUAAGCUGUAAAAAAAAAUUUUUUUAUGGGCCUGCAAGCCAAGCGCUGCAGCACAACUUAUGAUUACUUAUACUCGUUAUUUCUGAUGAUUGAGUAGGAGGGGAGUCCUAUUUGUACAUAUAUGGUAACACUUGACGUUACUAUGUAGACAUAAUUGAUGACACGGAAUUCAAUGUACUACCGAAACGCAAGGUUACAAGGCUGCAGCAAUUUUGGUUGACACGGUUAAUUAUCUUCAUUUUUUAAUUUAUUUAUUUAUGCAAAGCUUUCAUAUCUUAAACUGCACUAUGAUAUUUGGUAUUUGUGGAUGAAAUAAGUGGACAUAUUGGACCUUAUCUUCAAAAGUCCGACGUAGCACGAAGGAAAUAAUCAUCCGCACGGCUUGGUCUCUGCUUUGCUUGCAACCUGAUAGAAAUACUUGGACUGUAUUUUCCAUUUCUCACACACACCAACA